AUGGUCAAACUAAAGGAAGCUAUCAACACCGGCCGUUGGGAGGAGAAGACGAAACUUUAUUAUCCGUUUAGAGAGGAAAUUAUAAUUGUGAAUGACGUCAUCUUGAGGAGUAAUCGUAUCGUUAUACCCGUGAGCUUGAGAAGUAAGGUGUUAAGGUUGGCGCACAUCGGUCAUCCGGGAAUCCAGAAAACCAAACAACGUCUUAGAAGUAAGGUCUGGUGGCCGAAGAUUGAUGUCGAUGCAGAACAAACAGUGAAAUCAUGUCUGGACUGUCAGCUUGUGAGUUCUAUUAAUCCACCGGAGCCGAUGUCCGUUAGAAAUUUGCCAACACAACCAUGGCACACACUAUCAAUGGAUAUGUUAGGUCCCCUGCCUUCUAGCGAAUCGAUCCUGGUUAUAAUUGACCUGUAUAGUCGGUUUCGGCUAACGGAAGUAAUGCAAACCACGACAUCCGGAGACAUAAUCAAGCGGUUGAGACGUACGUUCUUCAGAAUGGGAAUACCAGCAGUACUGGUUUCGGAUAAUGCUAAAAACUUUUCGAGUAGUCAGAUGGAAGAAUUUUGCAGAGAUUUGGGCAUCAAGCUUCAGCACACUACCCCAUACUGGCCACUGGCAAAUAGGGAUGCGGAGCGUCAGAAUCGCUCCAUCCUGAAAAUUUUGAGAAUUUCGCAAGCAAAUGGCAGUGACUGGAAGGCUGAUUUGGAAGAAGCGAAUUAUGUCUAUUCGUUGAUUCAACAUCCUGCUACAGGACGUUCGCCUUCCGAAAUACUUUUCGGACGAAAUUUCCGUGACUGGGUCCCUGAAAUGAAUAAUUCAGUCAGCAGAUACGAUGAAGAAGUGAGAGACCACGACUGGAGCUACCGACAAAAAGCGAAACUUCGUUACGACAAUGUACAUAAAUCAACCGAGUCUAGCUUGUGUCCACUUGAUAGAGUUCUUAUGCGAAAUCUGGUACCGCAAAACAAGCUAUCUACACCAUAUCUCGCAGAACCAGCUACUGUUCUGGAGAAAAACGGAAACAGCGUAUUGGUUGAGACAUCUGAUGGGAGGCGAUACCGGAGAAAUUCAUCACACCUGAAGCGGCUUCCAGAUGUUGAAGAGCAACACCAUGCAACACAGGAAAGUCAAGAAGAAUCGCAAAGCUCAAGUUGGGAAACGCCGCAAGCAACAAUCACUAGUACACCUGUUCCAGUGGUCCGGAAUUCGCAAAAUGAAUCGUUGGGAAGACCAAAAAGGGAAACGAAACGCCCUCUGCGUUUUGAAGAUUAUAAUAUGGAUGCCUAA